AUGACCAAGCUGAAAGUGGAUCUGGUAAUCUUCGCUGCGCACGUGAUCCCGGUUCUUCCUCGCGACGUAGUGCUGCAUGAUGCUGCUAUUGUGGUCAACAAGGCUCGGGUCGUGGCGCUGCUGCCACGAGUAGAAGCCCAGGAGCGCUUCAUCGGUGCUGAGGAGCAGCAUUUGGGCCGCCACAUCGUGAUGCCAGGGCUGAUCAAUCUGCAUACGCACGCGCCUAUGACGCUGUUCCGCGGUCUAGGGGACGACAAGAUGCUGCACGACUGGCUGGCGGAGGACAUUUGGCCAACGGAGAAGAACGGGACCACGUGCUUCAACAACAUGUAUUUCUUCCCAAACGAAAUUUGUGGCGUGCUAGAGAGUACAGGCAUGCGUGGAGCACCAAAUCUGGAAAAAUUUGCUCCUGGGCGUCACGACCUCAUCACGGUCACUAUGGCGCCCCAUUCUCCCUACACAGUAGGGGAACAUACAUUGCUUAAAGUGGACGCAUUAGUGCGCAAGUAUAACGCACGGAUCCACAUUCAUCUGCACGAGACGGAGGCGGAAUGCAAUGACAGCGAGCAGUUGAACCGAGCCUCUAUGUGUUGCCACAAAAGCGAUCAAAAGCUGCGUCCACUUGCAAAUUUCAAACGCUUGGGUCUACUAUCAGAUAGACUUAUAUGUGCGCAUAUGACUCAACUAACUGAUGAGGAGAUUGAUGACGUUGCUCGUGCUGGGGCCCACGUCGUCCACUGUCCGUCGUCUAACCUCAAAUUGGCAUCUGGAAUCGCACGAGUGACUGAAAUGCUACGUCGAGGGGUGAAUGUGACGCUCGGUACUGACGGCGCGGCCAGCAACAACUCGCUCGACAUAUUAGGAGAGAUGAAACUGGCAGCAAUGCUGGCGAAAGCAGAAUCCCAUGACUGCACGAGUGUUUCUGCUGCUGAAGCCCUGCAGAUGGCUACAUUGAAUGGUGCACGAGCUCUUGGACUAGAGCAUGAGAUCGGGUCCAUUGAGUGA